AUGGUGACGGCGUCCUGGUGUUCGGCAGGAGGAGGGGACACGACGAGUCCGAUUGCUGUUGGGAGCGGAGUCUGGCCGAGUCUGGUCGCCAGCAGACGGCCUCGGCUUGGCUGUGGCCACUUCAUCAAGGCUCGGUCUGCUCAGCUAAUCCGUUUACGGGCCAUCUGUUGCACAAGAGGCCGGCCUCGUCUUCAGCCCCCCUGA